AUGUCCUCGAUCGAGGCAAUCCCCCGCAUGAAAGCAACAACCCUCACCAUCAUGGCCACGCGUGGAGAAGAUCAAGAUCUAGUAGCACAGACUGCAACAUCACUUUCGGACACACAAGACCGAAAGACAGCUCGUGUCCUCCCGUGCUUUGGCUGGCACCCCUGGUUCUCCCACCAGUUAUUGGACGACAUGUCGCACGCACUCGAUUCCGAUGCGGAGAGUAAAGAGUCGCACUACAAGAAAGUGCUGACUCCUUCUCCCGACGAACAGUUCAUCUCAGCUCUACCCGCCCCCAAACCGCUGUCUCAACUCAUCUCUGAGACCCGCGCAAGGUUACAAAAUCACCCCGCCGCUCUGGUCGGCGAGGUUGGUCUUGACAAAGCCUUCAGACUUCCUCAAGCGUGGACGGAGACGGAAAUCGAGGGACGUGAUGCGUCAAUGACGCCCGGAUCUCGCGAAGGCCGUUCUCUCACCCCGCACAGGGUCCAAAUGGACCACCAGAAGGCUGUCCUGAAAGCUCAAUUGCAGCUAGCCGGGGAGCUCCGUCGGCCUGUUUCUGUACAUAGUGUGCAGGCGCACGGGGCGGUCUUUGAUGUUUUCAAGUCAUUGUGGUCGGGACAUGAACGAAAGACGCCGUCGCGCCGAGAGAGACAACGACGGCACAGCGCAGCGGACGCGCAUGCCCAGAGCGACGCGGAAGACCAGCAGCAUACGCCAACACCAAAGGAUGAGCCACCACUCCCGUUUCCUCCGCGGAUCUGCAUGCAUUCCUAUUCGGGGCCGGUGGAGCAGUUGAGGCAGUUUCUGAACCCGGCGAAUCCGUCGGAUGUGUAUUUUUCAUUCUCGACGGUGAUCAACUUUGCUGGACCGUCGUCACAAAGGAUGGAUGAUCUGCUCGAGGAGGUUGCUCGACAGACGGCAGACGCCACCACUACUAUACAAGAUCUCCGCCUAAAUAGGGGUGACUGA